AUGAACCACACUUGCACCUCACAGGCAACAAACCAUACCACAGACCCACUCGGGGGUCAUCAGGUAUGGGAGGUGGUUCUGAUUGUGCUCGUGACUGGACCGCUUUCCCUUAUUACCAUCCUGGGCAACUCACUGGUGGUCAUCUCCAUCCAAGUCAACAGUCAGCUACGGACCAUCAGUAACUACUUUCUUAUGAGUCUGGCCGUGGCAGACUUGAUCUUGGGUACGGUGUCAAUGAACCUAUACACUGCAUACAUAAUCAUGGGCCGUUGGACAUUGGGACAUUUAGCUUGUGAUCUGUGGUUGACUCUUGACUAUGUAGUGAGCAACGCCUCAGUAAUGAACCUGCUGGUCAUAAGCUUUGACCGAUAUUUCUCAGUCACACGACCGCUGACUUAUCGAACUAAGCGAACCCCGAAGACGGCAGUGGUAUUGAUCACUGUUGCGUGGGUGGUAUCCUUUGUGCUAUGGGGGCCUGCUAUCUUGUUUUGGCCUCAUGUGGAGGGACGACCAUCCAGAGAUGAAGCUCAAGUCUGUUCCAUCCCCUUCUUGAAAGUACCUCUGAUAACAUAUGGUACGGCCAUUGCAGCAUUCUACCUACCCGUCAGCAUCAUGAUCAUUCUGUACUGGCAAAUUUAUUGGGAAAUUGAGAACAGAGCGAAAGGACUGGCUGGUUUUGUUGGGUCUGUGAAAAACACUACAGGUGUUCUGGAUGGGUUGGACAAACAAUCAAUGCACAAAACCAGUACCAAGAGCAACUUGAGUCGCUCAAAGGAAGGAAAUUCCAGAAAGGGACAAGGCUUUGCCAAAGGCAUGUCAGUUGGGUGUUUCAAUACGAGAAAGAAAACAGCAGCAAAAGUGCAGAAGUCAGUUCAAGAGAGUUGCAACAGCAGCUGGAACAUUGAGGAUGAGGAUGAUAGCACAUUGUCGUCUUCCACAGAUGAGGAACAUGAGCAGAACAUCAAUGCAAAAACACCUUCAUCCAAUCAAGUCGCGAUUAAGUUGAAGGACCUGCAAAGUAGAUCAGAGGAUACCAAGGGCGUGCAAGAACAGUUCAACUCAUCAGCUGAGCAUCCCACCAGACAGUCCCACUCAAAAACAGCCAGAAAGUCAGAAAACAGCAUUUGCCACCAGCUCAGAGCAAAACAUCGCAUCAGUGCAAUCAUUAAGGAAAAAAAAGCGGCCCGGACACUAAGUGCCAUCUUGUUGGCUUUCAUCCUCACGUGGACACCAUACAACAUCAUGGUUUUGGCUUCCAUUUCAUAUUGUGUUCCUGAAAAGCUCUGGCAGCUGGGAUACUGGCUUUGCUACGUAAACAGCACUGUAAACCCCAUGUGCUAUGCCCUAUGCAAUGAGUCCUUCCGGGUCACCUUCAAGGCUCUGCUACUUUGUCGGCGUGGAGAUAAACGAAGGUGGGACACAAACAGCUGGAAUCGCCAUGCCUCUGUGAGGCAGAAUAAGCCUUGUAGUACAUUGUAAUUUUUCACUUUAUCAUUUGUUAUUCUACAGUAUGGGUACUUUUAAUUGAUCAAUGAUCCAGAUACAGUGCUUCAAUUGGCAGACAAUUUUCUAGGGAAUAA